AUGGCUUUUCGAUUUGUAUUGUAACUAAUUUCAUGUUUCAAUUUGUAUGGAGCCGUGGUAUGGUGUGUUGUACCGUGUGCUGCCGAUGGUGAAAAAUAUGUAACAACUUUCAUUUUGUAUUGAAAUAAAGCGUGCGCGGUCGUCGUUAGUUAAUACCGGCUUUUACAGGUGUAUUGAGUUUGUGUGAUGCGUACAAUCGAUGUUGUUGGGUGUUUAUAAAUGGCAAAAAUAGCAGUAUAUUUGUGUGGUGUGUAGUGUAAUGUAAUGGAUCGUAGGUGUUCUCAGUCGGUCCGGACUCUAGUUUUCGAUGAUUCCGAUUCGGAUCCGCCCAAGGGGGUCCCGAAAAGGGAGUUGGGGACCUCCGGGACGCCAUCGUCGCUAAACCAAAGUGCGGAAGAUGCGAGUAAAGCGCGCAGCAAUCUUGUGCGCAUGCGUCGCUCCGCCCUAGGGAAGUCGGCGCCGACGCUUUCCAUCCAUGUGAAAGAGCAAUGCACCGUUUCCCGAAGACCGUCCCGUUUGCCACCGCCACCGCCUCAUCACAGACUCUCCCUCGUGGUUGGCUCGGGAAGAUGUAGCUCGCCAGGCACGGGCCCCCUGUCCCCCGCGGAGGGCCCCCGAUGGCACGCGCACCACGCAAACCCACUGCACCACGCUCUGCUAUCGUCGAGCUUGAAACGGGGCAAGGAGCUAGACGGUCGACGAUGGUCUGUGGCAUCGUUGCCAUCAUCCGGCUAUGGUACCACGCCCGGCAGCUCCAGCCUUUCAUCGCAGUGUUCAUCGCAGGAGAGGCUGUUGGCUGCGCAGGCGGCAUGCGAGCCUCCGCGGGCGCCCUGCCCGCACUGCCAUCACCAGAACUCGCUCAACAGUUCGCAGGGCAGCGGCAUGAACUGGGCCUCGCUGUCGGACAGCGGCGGCAGUGGCCACGCGGCUCGUGCGCCUUCCCCGCGGGCGGUUCCGCGCCGAGUGCGAAGUCGCAGCCUCAGUUCGCCGUCCCGCUCGCCCGGGGGCGGCAGCGGCGGUUCGGAGAGCGGCGCUCGGGACGACGCCGUGUCGGCGAUGUCAUCGCUCUUCGCCGCCCGGUUCCCCGCCGCGCAGAAGGCUAUGGAUGACAAGCUAAAGAUGCUAAUAGAGGAGCUGACUGAAUUAGAUAAGAAACAAGAUCGCCCGCCCAUCGAGAGAUUUGUGCAGAGACAGGUGUUGGAAAUGGCGCGGGACUGCCUCCACAAGUCUGAAUCCAAGCAGGUGACCAGUAGCUACUUCUACGACAUGGCGGACAGUUUGGACAGGUUGUUAUGUGAGACUCGAGAGAAAUCAGCCGAAGCGGGUGGCAAAGUGGCUCCGCUGGUGACGCGGUUGACUUUGGCGAUGGCCAGGCCCGCGCGUCUCCUGGAGUGCCUGGAGUUCGACCCUGAGAGGUUCUACCGCCUCCUGGAGGCCGCCGAGGGGCAUGCACGGCAUUUGCAGGGUAUAUCGACAGACAUACCGCAGUACAUAAUACAUAAACUGGGGCUGUCAAAAGAUCCGCUGGCCGAACUACACGUGCCGCCACCACCCCCUCCGCCGCCAGUGCCGAUUAGUUCCUCACCAUCCAAGACUCGUGGGCGACAAUCACCGCCUGGCGGCCCGGGGUCCACGAGUGGGGCUCCGCCCUCCGAGAACGACUAUCAAGUCAUAAAGUUGAUAUCCAACGGAGCCUACGGUGCGGUGUACCUCGUUAAACACAAGCAGACAAGGCAAAGGUACGCCAUGAAGAAAAUAAGCAAGAACAAUUUGAUACUAAGAAAUCAAGUCGAACAAGCCUUCGCCGAGAGAGAUAUAUUAAGUUUUGCUGACAAUCCUUUUGUGGUGACGAUGUACUGCUCGUUCGAGACGAAGCGACAUCUCUGUCUCAUUCUUGAGUUCGUGGAGGGGGGAGAUUGCGCGACCUUGCUGCGCACGGGCCCCCUCCCGCCGGAUAUGGCGCGGCAUUACUUCGCGGAGGCGGUACUCGCGGUGGAGUACCUGCACUCCUACGGGAUCGUGCACCGGGACCUGAAGCCUGACAACCUGCUCAUCACCGCAACGGGCCAUAUUAAGCUGACUGACUUUGGACUCAGCAAAAUGGGUCUCAUGUCUUUGGCCACGAAUCUCUACGAAGAGUACGCAGAUCGCGAAGCGCGGCAGUUCUCUGAUAAGCAGGUGUGCGGCACGCCCGAGUACAUCGCGCCGGAAGUUAUCCUGCGCCAGGGUUAUGGCAAGCCGGUGGACUGGUGGUCGAUGGGCAUCAUCCUGUACGAGUUCAUAGUGGGCUGCGUGCCGUUCUUCGGUGACACCCCCGAGGAACUAUUCGCGCAUACCGUCAAUGAUGACAUAGAAUGGCCAUCGGAAGAAGAUUUCCCAAUAGCGGUGGAAGCACGCGCCAUAAUAACGGAACUGCUAGCGAGAAAUCCACGCGACAGAUUGGGAACGGCGGGCACUCAUCAGGUCAAGGACCACAUAUACUUCUGCGGGUUGGAUUGGAACAAUCUUCUAAGAAGGAAAGCUGAAUUUAUACCACAACUGGAAAACGACGAGGAUACCAGUUACUUCGACAGCCGCUGCGAUCGCUACAACCACAGCGAGGUGGAAACUGACGAGGCGACUGAAACCCACGAGGCCGACGACGCGGGCCUGUUCGCUGCGUUCUCAUCCACCUCACCGCAAUGGCGUAGGCAUUACCACCACUCGCACUCCGCCCUGUCACACGAUUCCCGGAGCACGGACAGUUGGCCGGGCACUCCGGAUAGCGCUGGCCCGCCGACAACACCUACUGCACCAUUGCACCAUCACCCCAAAUGUCCGAUGGUCGGAGCCGGCGGCGGCUCGACAGCGGAAUCCUCCCAAACGGACUCGGACGACGUGUCGCCGGCGGCGCGCCGACGGGCCGCUCUGCGCCCGCUGGCUCACCCGCACUCUCACACGCACUCGCACCCGCACCCGCAUCCGUUGCACGCGAGCCACGUCGCGCCCUUGCCCAGGCUACCGGACGCGCCAAAAAAAGAAGACAAGGGUAUCGACAAGCUGGAUAAACCAGAAAAGAGCAAACCCACUGCCAUCGCGGUCGCCAAGUCCAUGCGACGCUCUGCCAGUACAUCAGGGCUAUCCCUUGUAAUACACCCGGCUGAGGACAGUAUCGUACUGGGCGGAGCGGCGUCGCCGUGCGCGGGAAAUACUUCGUCGACCAAUUCGUCGCGCGACUCGUCGCCCUGUCGCGACCCGCCGUCACCGUUCGCCACCGCUAACCAUUCGUUUUUCAGACUGAUACAAUCGUCGAAGCCGCCGAUCGUGGUGCGCCGCGGGCCGCGCGGUUUCGGCUUCACCAUCCACACCGUGCGGGUGUACUACGGCGAUACAGACUAUUACACCAUGCAUCACUUGGUUUCAGCUGUGAGUGAACAAGGCGCGGCGUGGGCGGCCGGCCUGAGGGCGGGCGAUCUCAUCACGCAACUCAACGGGGAGUCCGUACAAGGACUACUGCAUACGCAGGUCCUGCGGCUGCUGUUAGCAGCACCGCACGCCACGCUUCGUGCAACGCCAUUAGAUCAAACUACUAUACAGGCGGGCGGUCGAAAACGCGCGGGCGGAAGACGUGCGUCUGCGCCGCCGCGCCCACGUCCCAGACGGCGCUGUUCCUUGUUCCGACGAAUCUCCACAAAGAGAGCUUCGCAGGAGAUGCAUCAGAUGGUGUCCGCCGGAUCGAGCGAGUUGCCAUCGCCUACAGUUUCCCCGGCGGCCGACUCGCCUCUUCACACCACCCACCCCACCACACAUUACCAACGACCGUCCUCCCUCCACGGCUUGAAGCACAAGCUAGGAGGGGCAGAGGUUCGACGUGCGUCCCUACAACACAUGCCCCUGUCUCCGCUCGCUCGGACUCCCUCCCCCUCGCCGCAACCACCGCAGCCCGCGCCUGCCUCGCCCACCAGCAGGGGUUGCGAAGCUCGGAGCCCAUCGCCGCUCGCGACGCGCGAGUGCAGGCGCGCUUGGCCGCGACGGGACCCCGCCUCGCCGUUGUUGCGACGCGCUUUGUCGCCUGACAGGUUACAUCCGCGUUCAGCAGAAGCAAAAUGCUCAAUAUCUCCCCUCUGUUGUACGGGGGUGGGCUCUAACACCGUGAGUACCGUCGUCACCAGCAGUCGCCGCGGAAAUAGCUGGAGGGCCCCUGCCCCCGCGCCGCCUACCCCGCCGCCGCCGGACAAACCCGACGAACCAACCUUGCCCAGGAUCGCAGAGGAGAAAGACUCUCCUACUCACCAUGCCGUGAGACUGCCGGUUAGUGCGUUUGUCGCGACGACGUCACCACGCCUCUCCCUGGCAAACCAAACAAAUCCACCCUGUCAAAAAAGUAUAAGAAGAAGGGCCCACUUCUCUGAGAAAGCUAGGACUCCAGCCAAGCAGAGUACGCCAAGCAUAUUCACAUCAUCGCCCAAGACAAGUUUGGACAAGUCAGCGUUUGAGACGAGUGCGUCCUUCGCGUCAUUGUCACUCUCCGACGAAUCUUUCGUCGACAGCAGUAUGGACAUGUCUAAUCUUGACACCUCACGGGAUAUGACCCUGGAUGACAGCAGAUCAAGCACAGAUGUCAGCAUGCCACCAUUGGACAUGAGUAAAAAAUCGGUCACAACCCAAGAUCCAACGCCUCAGGUCAUAGAUGUACAACCGAAAACACGGAAAAAGUCUGAUUCCUCUCUAAAAGAAGAGGAGUUCAAACCCAAGGAGAAAUCUAAAUCAAAACAAGAGAAAGAGUUGAAAAAACAGGAUUCGAUUAAAAAGAUGGAGAAAGAAGACAGAAAAGAGUUUAAAAUGGAUGAAAAACAUCAAGAGCCGCCUAAACUCGAAGAAAAAUCAAAGCAAGAAAAGGCUAUGGAACGAAGUGGUUCCGUUAGAAAAUCGGAGAGUAAAGAAAAGAAACAAGAGAAAAGAGAAGAAAAGAAGCAAGAAAAGCAAGAGAAAGAAAAGAAACAGCAAGAGAAGAUUGAAGCUAAGAGAGAGUCGAUUAAGAAGUUGGAAGGAUUGAAAAGGCAGGAAUCUGUGGAAGCAUGUAAGUCCCCGGAAGCACCAGAAAGCAGCGAAGGUAGAAGCAAAAACAGUAUGGUCAGCAAACUGUUGGGCGUGAUGGGAAGGAAAAGAGAUGACGACGAGCGCUGCAAGAAAGAUAAACACGGCAAGAAAAAGAAUACUCCCAAUCCUCAGCCUCAACAAACACCAAGUCAAAAGCAACCCGAAUCACUACCAACAGAUAAAACUUACGACAGACCAGAUACAGAAGACAAGAAAGCGAAAAAGGGACGGGGGAGAGCCUCCAGUUCAUCAUCCGCCGAGAAGUAAGAAGGAGACGAAUGUAUGUCAAAGAGCUGGUGAUACUUUUCAAGAGGUACUUGAUAAAACCUGGAUGUUUGUAACAUACUUCUUUUACCUUACUUAUGGGUUCGUGUGUCGGCUCAAAAUGCUUCGAAAUGUAAAAACGGUUAAACAAAAUCAUGAAUUUCAAAUAACUAUUCUACUUACUAAAAGUUUAAUUUAAUUGUAUAUUAAUUGUCAAAAUUAGUUAAAACCUCAUGUAGAGCCAGACUUUGAAGUUGUUUAAGAAAUCGUGCCAGAAGGUGUACUUGAUUUCAUUUUAAACUGUCCAUUUUUUUAAUUUUACAAUGAAAGGCGAUUCAUGUGAUUCGGCAUGUCACCACACACCCACUGGCAGGAUAAAGUUUUCCUUUUCAGAAAACGUAUUGCAUACUUCUAGCAUCUAUCAAAUACCUCUUCAAAAUUUUGCGACAGCUCGCCGACUAGGUUUUACCGUUUCUGUAGAAUUUAGAGAACGCUUCGUGCUUAAAAAGGUUUAACUAUGAAUGUUUGUGUAAAGUGAUCGGCGAUAGGUUCUGUGCGUGUUCAUAUAGAGACAAAUAUAUCGUAGUCAUAGUGAGAAAAAACGAAUAAGAUAUAUUUUCGUCAUUUUGUCAUUUAUUACCUUUUCACUUAGUGUAAACGUGGUGUAUGUGUAGUGUUUAGAAUUGUUAUAGUUGUAUGUAUUUUUUGCGAUCAAAAGUAUGCUCUAACGACACUAUAUUUGUUCUAUACUUAAAAAAUAAUUGUAUUAUGUCCGCUGGAUGGACGCAUUCUACAAACUAUGUAACUGAAAAUAGGAAUCUAAUGUUAAGAGUGCCAAAUAUUAGAUUUUCUAUCUACGUUUACUAGUAGCGCCAUCUUGUUACAGUACUGGGAAACAGUAUUGUCACGAGAUGGCGCUGUUCCGAUAUCAUAUAAAUCUUAGUUAACUUUUACGCGAUCGAAUAAGUAAACGGAGGUUGAAAAUCUCACGCUUGGCAUCAAUCAUAAAUAGCAGCUGCAAUUGUAAAAAUAAAACUGUUUCAAUUUUGUUACAUGGCUGCAAGCUGGAUUCUUAUUGCUGAUUUACGGCUUUCUUACUCGAUAUUGAAUCAAAUUAAACCAUGUGAUAGAAGUAUUUUUUUGCUUUCUGACAUUAACACAGAAUGUUGAAGAAUUUACUUUAUGUCACAUGUUAAAGCGCUAACAUCUUAAUUUGUAUUUGAGUAGAAUCGGUAUUGAGUGGAUAUGUUUUGAGAAGGCCAUAAUAGUGGCGUGCAUGGGGAAUUCGACCAGGGCAGACCUUUAGCAGGAAAAUGCUAGAAACUUGCAAAAUCAAUCUUUAUUACGAGAUAUUUAAAGGCUGUAGAAUAGUUAGUGCUGUUACGACUAUAUGAAGUGCUCAUCUGGUGGUUAAGCCUAAGUUAGGUCGGGUGUUUUGCUUACCCAGUCAGAAUCCAUCACUUAAAGCUUGGUCAGAUUCGUCUGUGCGUUAGUGUGCGCACACAUAAGCGAAAGGGAUAUAACCAGAGAUUUCAACUGAAGAUACGAUCUCGCCUUUAAUGGGGGAUAGAAAGCUAUUUUGUCACACAUUUUUCUAGGGCCAUUAAACUUUAGAAGGUUUCUUUUAGGUUGUUAUAAUAAUACUAAACAUAUUGUCGUCCCACUUCUGGGCACAGGCCUUUAUCGUUGGUCAGAGGGAAAUAAAGAAUUUUUAAAGAGCAUAGACCUGCUUCAACCCGGGUAGAUGGCGCUUUGACGACAAUGAUCACAUGUUAGUGAUAACCAAGUGGUUAAAACUUCGGCUUUCUUUUCGGGGGAACCCAGUUCGAACCCAUUUGGGUUUAAAUCUAACUUUCCGGGGCUAUGUGCGCUUUAAGCAAUUGGAUAUCUCUUGUUUUAACGGCGAAGGAAAACACGCGUGCCUCAGAGUUCUGCAUAAUGUUCUCAAAUCUGUGUGAAGUCAAGCCAUCAAAUCUUCUCAUUCUGAGAAAAGACCCGUGACCUGCUGUGGGCUGGCUACUGGUUCAAGGUUAUCGAGGUCACAUAGUCCGCGUUGCCUAUUGGGUUUCCAAAUGGACGCUGCGCCUGUACCUGAAGCCUGCGUUCACUAGCGCAGUGUCUCUAAACAGGAAAUGAGUGUCAUUUUUCUUCAAUAAAGGCUUAUCUACAAUUUAAAUCUUUGGUCAUAACUUACAGGUCACGCCACUAAAUAAAAAAUGUAUUGGUGAAAAAUGGUCUAUUAUUUUCUUAUCUAUAUAAAAGGUAAACGAAACGAAGGCUUUUUCUCUCCAUGCAGGCGUAAAUUGGCGUCAUGUAUUUUGUAAACUAGAUCUUUUAUAUACAGAUUUCAUAUAUUUAACUUUAUUAAUAAAAUGGAAGUCGUGUAAACUUCGAUGAUUGAAAUAGUUCUUCGCGUUUUUUAAUAAUAAUAUGGAUGUUGUGUCAUUAUAUUGUAAAACAAUUAUAAAGUAAAAAAAAAAAUACUGUAAGUGGCGACGUUGCAUUGUUAGUCUGUGUAUAGAUUUCUGUCCUAAGUUUUUUCUAACGUUGUGACAGGGUUCGAAAUUUGUUCUUUUUUAAUCGCCUUAACCAAGAGCCAUGAGCUCUGGGUUGGGGUACUUUUAAACCUUACAAUUUCUUUGUUAGAAUCUUUUACGAUAGUUUUAUUACCUUUAUAUUUCCUGGUAGUUGAGAUUACACUAAACGUCAAAUUCCGAUCGCACGUAUGAACUAGAUAAACGUCAGUUUUCUAUAUUCAAUCUAUCUGCAAUCUGAUAAGUUGCUCGUCAAAAUUGGUAUUUGUUUAAAAUUGGUAAUAACAACGUUACUAAAUAUAAAUCCAUAGAUUACGGAUAUAUUGCAUAUAGAAUAUGAAACUUCGCUGUACCUAUUCAGAGUAUCGAUAUACUUGUCAAAGUAAAAUUGACUUUAUGAUACUAGUUUUUAGUGUCGAAAAUCGAGUGCUACAAUAUUUAUUUUUCAAACUUUCAGCCGAUAGACCUGGUUGUAUAGUGGACGAGUUUGAGCUUUAAUGACAGCUAGACAAGUUCUAUUUAACUCUGACGUUACGGUGUUUUGAGUACUUUAAAACUGCCUGAAAGGUUAAAGUAUUACAUUGUAUUUGCAACUCUAUUUGAAAAGAUUAAGGUCGAAAUUCUCUGUGUCGACUACUUCCCUAUGACUUUAUUUUCGGGCAAUUUGAACGGUGUUUGCUUAAUCAUAUGCUGCCUUUGAAAUAAAAUAGUUUUAAACUAUUUAUAAUGUUCUAUACGGUCUUGAUCUCUUUAAAGAUUUUUUUUUUUAAUAAAUGUUAUUUCGAGCCCUGUCUUUCAGUAUUACAAAGUUGAGGCGAUUUUUUUUGUUUAGUUAUUAUUUUAUAAGACGAAGAGAAGAGCGAGCGAGAUAGAAAGUAGCGGUUUUAAUCUCAUAGAUUAUAAUAUACUUCGAGGGAAAUAAUUAUUUUAAGUUUAAGAGCAUGAAAAGUAUAUUGGGGGUUGAUAUGAUUAUUAUUUUUUUUCGCUGGCUCUUAUGCUAUUAGAGUUUAUUUUUGUAAACGUUUUCGCUUUAGACUAUAGUUUGAUAUUGUGAUAAUAUUUUUAGAUUUAGUUGAGUUUAUUUUUCAUUGUUUUAGUUAUUUUUUACUUGUCACUACUUUUAAUAAUGUUCUACAUGAAAUUUAGUAUACUACACCAACACCUAUUCAAAAAGUAUGAAGUUAGUCAAUCACCAGAUUAUUAGAAUAACAUAAUGUUUGAGUAAUUUUGUACAUCUGUCUGUUUGUUAUAUUUGCGCGGCUAAACGAAUAAGUUGUCAUAAUUUGCCACCAUAGACAAUUUACGAUAAUAUCCAUAAACAUUUUUUUCUUACUGAUUGCUUCAUGUUGAUUCUGGUUUUCCACUUGUUUUUUAUGCAUAUUUUUAAGGAAACCUUCACGCUUAAAAAUAAUUUAAAGUUCAUAUACAUAAUGAAAAGUGUUUGUAUGCAGAAGAGCUUAAACUCAGUCUAAACCUAGAGUACUAUUUAUUUUGGAAAAGUAUAAGAAAAUUACAUUUUUUUAUGCACGAUAUAACUAAUGGCUUCGUUAUCCCGGUGAAACUAAUUCCCGCAGGAUUUUCUAAAAAUAAAAAAAAUCUGAUAAAAUCUCGGGCAACAGGUGAAGUCAUAUAGUUAAGUCAGAAAUGAAUAUUGCUUACCUAGAAUAGCUGUGGUACAGUGAUUUAGUUGUUGGGCGCGCAAUUUUAAAAUUGGAACAGCACUUUUAACUUUUUAUUCUUCAUUUGUUUUCUAUUAUACCUUGUUUUAAUUUUUUAAUGUAGCUAUAUUGUUAAUUAUUAUUUUUUUGGUAUGCCUCUUAUAAUGUUAUAGACGGUUAAAAUAUUAUGUUCGAUUCAAGAAUUUGUUAAAUAUAGUUUUUUAUCACUUUUAAAAUGUUACGUUAAGUAAAAAGUAAAACCGUAUUAUUAUGUUAGCUUAAUAACAUUUACAAUAGGCUAUUUGCUUCCAAACAAUUUGAUACAUUAACUUAAAUAUAUUGAUGGCUUGUUUCAAGUAAAUAACAGCAAUUUUCUCGUAUAUUUUUAAUUGAAAUGUUUUUUUUGUAAAUACUUUUUUUAAUUAAUAAUUAUAUAUUUUUAAUUUGAAUAAUAAGAAAUAAGAUAUCGAAAUUCUGAAAUCACUAAUUCUAUUUACGAUUUCUUUGUUUUAGAAAGUGUUUACAUCUCACAAAGAGGCUUUGUAUUCCAGCAUUGUAUUGUAUAUGAUGGAUGAAAAUUUUAAAAAUAAAAAUUUUUAUUAAAUUCCACAAUUUAUUGAAAUAAUUUCCUAUAGUAACAUGCAAGUUUUAAAUUCGGUGGUAUUUGCCAGAUUGUGAGGUUCCCAUACAUGCCAAUGAAAUACAAAAAAACUUUGUCGCGCAUAAUAAAUAAUAUUACGUAACAGAAUUGACUUGAGACGUAAAGCAGGUAAUUAUUAUAUGCAAAUAUGCAAAAUAGUAAAAUACGAAAAAUUCCGUAUAUUACCGGCACUAUAUUUAUGGGCAUUUUUCGUAACAUAACUUCUCUUUCUUUUCCUUUAACUUAUGCGUGCAAUAAAGUGUUGCUUCUUCUUCUGAGCGAACUUGUUCUCAUUAUUUUUUGUGGAACGGCUGUACCAAUUUAGAUGGGGCUUUUAUAAUCAAGUAUACAUUACCUAUACUAUAGGAGUAAUGUAAUUUACUGCUGAAAAUACUGAACCGAUUUCGACGGAAAUUUUUAGUUAGGUGGGAAAAGAUCGUUCUUGGAUUAUUCUGAAUAAAUAAAAUAUAUUAAUAUAUUAAUAAUAAAUUCCUAGUAUUGUGUAUAUUUUUAAAUGACUGUCUAUCUGGACAUAUAUAUACAAACAUGGUUUCUAUUUAUAACUUAGUUGUGGUUUUUUCAAACAAAUUCGAAUUCAUCAUUCAAAGGCUAUGCUGAAUUGAACUAUAUUUACUAAAUACUACUAUAAUAAAUAACUUGUAAAUACGAUAUCUAUAACAUUUUCAUCUUUAAUUCAUAUUGAUGUGCCUAGUAUAUAAAUAAAUGUAUGAUUUAAAUAAAAAUACUGAAUAAUAAUAAUUUUUUUGAGAAAGUACAUAUUUUGAAAUAUAAGUUAUUAUAUAAAAUUUGACAUGUUUUUCUCGCCGUAAGCAUAUUAUCUGAAUACUCAUUUUUAUUUCACAGAUUUAUUUUAUUAGUUGUUCCAUAGCUAAAGAUUACUUAAUUUUGGUGUUGAUAGAAAACUUAGUAACCGAUAGUUUGAAAUCACAAAAUACUUGAUACACGCAGAGAUUUUCGAAGUUCAAGCUGUACAAAACU